CAACAUACUGAAUUAAUCGGCUUCAAGAUAACUGAAUGAACUCUUCCGAAGAUGCUUAAAUCAGUCACUUCUCUGUUUGUACUGCCAAAUUUUAUCAGCGACCAUGUCAGAGGUUGAUAGGCUGCUUACUAAGAAAGUUGCAGAUCGAUACCUGAAGCGUGAGGUUCUCGGUGAGGGUACCUAUGGUGUCGUUUACAAGGCCAUUGAUACCAAGACAGGACAGACGGUUGCCAUUAAGAAAAUCCGGCUGGGGAAGUACAAGGAGGGUGUAAAUUUUACUGCUCUUAGGGAGAUUAAACUGCUUAAAGAGCUCAAGGAUCCCAAUAUAAUUAAGUUGAUUGAUGCUUUCCCUCACAAGGGAAACCUUCACCUUGUGUUUGAGUUCAUGGAGAGUGACCUUGAAGCCGUCAUUCGAGAUAGGAAUAUUGUUCUUUCUCCUGCUGACAUCAAGUCUUACAUGCAGAUGACAUUAAAAGGGCUUGCCCAUUGCCACAAGAAAUGGGUUCUGCACAGGGAUAUGAAACCAAAUAACUUACUUAUAGGUGCUGACGGGCAGCUUAAGCUAGCAGACUUUGGUUUGGCGCGUAUAUUUGGAAGCCCAGACCGCAAAUUCACCCACCAGGUUUUUGCUCGAUGGUAUAGGGCACCUGAAUUAUUGUUUGGCACUAAGCAAUAUGGGUCUGGGGUGGAUGUUUGGGCUGCAGCUUGUAUAUUUGCUGAACUUCUCCUCCGCCGUCCCUUUCUACAGGUGAUGCCAGGUUCUCGUGGCUAUUAUUUGUUGCUAAUUCUUUCCAGAUUAGUGGGG